AUGGCAUUGACACUCGCGGACAGCAACCGGAUCAUGGCGGCGGCCAUCUCGCAGGCUGAGGAACUGAACAUCAAAAUCAGCGUGGCCGUCGUGGACGCCGGAGGUCGACUCAUCGGCUUGCAGCGCAUGGACGGGGCGAUUUGGGCGUCGGCCUACGGCUGCCAGGGCAAGGCGGUCGCGUCGGCGGCUUUCGGACGGCCCAGCGGUGAGAUGCAGGACCGGGCCACGGCUCCCACGCCGGCGGGUAUCCGGGAGCGCUCCGGCUCCGAGAUGAUCUUCGGUCAGGGCGCGGUGCCCAUCGUGCAGGGCGGCGCGGUCGUCGGAGCCUGCGGUGUCGGCGGCGGCACCAGCCAGGAAGACGAACAGUGCUCCGCGGCGGGAGCGGCGGCCCUGUAA